GUUGUGUUUACAGCCCCAAAUGCUGUUGCAGAUGUAGCUAGCUAGCUAGUGCAAUGUUAUUUCAACCGUCUUUGGAAUAAAACACAAUUGUGGAAACAGGUGAUUUAUCUCAUUUCCCUCCAUUCAUGAGCUUGACUUGGUUUAGCUGUCAUGGAUGACAAAGCCUCGGUGGGGAAAAUUAGCGUGUCGUCCGACUCAGUGUCCACCCUGAACAGUGAGGACUUUGUGCUGGUGUCGCGGCUGGGGGACGACACCCCAGGCUCCUCCACUAAUAAUGGUAGCGAUGACGAAAAGACAGGACUCAAGGUGAUUUCUGAGGAAGGGGUCAGCUUUAAGAUUGUGGGGAACGGCAGUGAGCAGCAGUUGCAGAAGGAGCUGGAGGAUGUUCUGAUGGACCCCUCUGUAGCUGAGCAGGCGCUGGGUGGUGGCAGAGGGGACCAGGCAGGCAGGGUGGACCAUGUUUUGUUCCCCACCAUGGCAGCGCCUCCCGAGCGCCAACCGUGCCCUGACCCCCUCAGCGACCCCCUCAGCACCCCGCCCAAAGUUGAGAUGAUGCUGCCCGUCCAAUCUGCAGCACAGGAGAGUGAGCUGAAUGAACGAUCUUACCGCGGGGAUGAGUCGUCAUCGGAGUGCAGCCCCAGUACGCCUAUCCCAGAUGAGGACAGUGUGGUGUUCAAUAAGCUGACCUAUCUGGGCUGUGCCUCGGUCAACGCUCCCCGCAGUGAGGUGGAGGCCCUCCGCAUGAUGACCAUCCUCAGAGGGCAGUGCCAGCUACCCCUGGACGUCACCCUGUCUGUGCCUGGCGUCUCAGAGGGCACCGUCAGGUUGCUGGACCCCCAGACAAGCACAGAGAUAGCCAGCUACCCCAUCUACAAGAUCCUGUUCUGUGUGCGGGGUCACGACAGCACGCCAGAGAGUGACUGCUUCGCCUUCACAGAGAGCCAUUACAACGCAGAGAUCUUCCGCAUCCAUGUCUUCCGUUGUGAGAUCCAAGAGGCGGUCAGCAGGAUACUGUACAGCUUCGCCACGGCCUUUAGGCGGUCCGCCAGGAAGACGCUCCUCUCGGGCUUGGCUCCGCCCCUGACGCCAGACAGCGACGUCUUCACCUUCACCGUCAGUCUGGAGAUCAAGGAGGAUGAUGGGAAAGGGACUUUUAGUGCUGUGGCGAAAGACAAAGACAAGAACAGCUUCAAGCUGCGUCCGGGAAUGGACAAGAAGAUCGUCAUCUACGUCCAGCAGACGUCUAAUAAGGAGCUGGCCAUCGAGAGGUGCUUCGGCCUCCUGCUGAGUCCAGGGAAGAAUGUGAAGAACAGUGACAUGCACCUGCUUGACCUGGAGUCAAUGGGGAAGUCCUCUGAUGGGAAGUCCUACAUCAUCACAGGGAGCUGGAAUCCCAACACACCUCAGUUCCAGGCUGUUAACGAGGAGACACCCAAAGAUAAGUUCAUGUACAUGACGACGGCGGUAGACCUGGUGAUCACUGAGGUGGAGGAGCCUGUUCGUUUCCUUCUGGAGACCAGGGUCAGAGUCUGCUCUCCCAACGAGAGGCUCUUCUGGCCCUUCAGCAAACGCAACUACACCGAGACCUACUACCUGAAGCUCAGACAGAUGGAGCGUAAGAGUAACAACGAUACCCUGUAUGAGGUGCUGAGCCUGGAGAGUGAGUCAGAGAGGGAGAGGAAGAAAACGACAGCCAGCCCCAACAUCCUGCAGUCUUCCUCCCACGGCUCCAUGGUGCCAUCGCCUCCCGAGGAUGAUGAGGAGGAAGACAAUGACGAGCCGUUGCUGAGUGGCUCAGGAGACGUGUCAAAGGAGUGUGCUGAGAAGAUACUGGAGACCUGGGGAGACCUGCUGUCCAAAUGGCACCUGAACCUGUCGGUGCGUCCCAAGCAGCUCCCGGCGUUGGUACGUAGUGGCGUACCAGAGGCCCUCAGGGGAGAGGUAUGGCAGCUCCUGGCCGGUUGCCAUAACAACGACCACCAGGUAGAGGAGUACCGCACCCUCAUCACCAAGGAGUCUCCCCAGGACAGUGCCAUCACCAGAGACAUUAACAGGACUUUCCCAGCUCACGACUAUUUCAAGGACACUGGAGGAGACGGCCAAGACUCACUCUACAAGAUCUGCAAGGCCUACUCAGUGUAUGAUGAGGAGAUUGGCUACUGCCAGGGACAGUCUUUCCUGGCUGCUGUGCUGCUGCUGCACAUGCCUGAGGAGCAGGCCUUUAGUGUCCUGGUCAAGAUCAUGUUUGACUAUGGACUCAGGGAGCUCUUCAAGCAGAACUUUGAGGAUUUACACUGCAAGUUCUUCCAGCUGGAGCGACUCAUGCAGGAGUACAUCCCAGACUUGUAUAACCACUUCCUGAACGUGGGUCUGGAGGCUCAUAUGUACGCCUCUCAGUGGUUCCUCACGCUCUUCACUGCCAAGUUCCCUCUCUACAUGGUGUUCCACAUCAUAGACCUGCUUCUCUGUGAGGGCAUCAGUGUGAUCUUCAACGUGGCUCUGGCUCUCCUGAAGACCUCGAGGGAAGACCUGCUGGCGACGGACUUUGAGGGGGCGCUCAAGUUCUUCCGAGUCCCGGUUCCCAAACGCUACCGCUCAGAGGAGAACGCUAAGAAACUUAUGGAACUGGCCUGCAGCAUUAAGAUCAGUCAGAAGAAGCUGAAGAAGUAUGAGAAGGAGUACCACACCAUGAGAGAACAGCAGGAGCAGCAGGAGGCUCCCAUUGAGAGAUACGAGAGGGAGAACCGUCGUCUCCAGGAGGCUAACAUGCGUCUGGAGCAGGAGAACGAUGACCUGGCCCAUGAACUGGUCAGCAGCAAGAUCGCCCUGCGCAAGGACCUGGACAACGCUGAGGAGAAAGCAGACGCUCUGAACAAGGAGCUGUUGAUGACCAAACAGAAGCUGGUGGAUUCAGAGGAUGAGAAGAGACGACUAGAGGAGGAGUCUGCGCAGCUGAAAGAGAUGUGCAGACGGGAGCUGGACAAAUCAGAGUCAGAGAUAAAGAAGAACGGUUCCAUCAUAGGAGAGUACAAACAGAUCUGCUCCCAGCUCAGUGAGCGUCUGGAAAAACAGCAGACGGCCAACAAGGGAGAGCUGGAGAAGAUCCGGCUGAAAGUCGAAGGCUGUGAGAAGUGCUCCAUCCUGUUCAACAAGGAGGGUCGUCUGAAGGCAGUGAAGAAGAUGAAGGAGGGCAGUGAGGAAGAGACGGACGAGGAGAAGGAGGCUCUGAAGAACCAGCUCAGAGAAAUGGAGCUGGAACUGGCCCAGACCAAACUACAGCUGGUGGAGGCAGAGUGCAAGAUACAGGACUUGGAGCACACCCUGGGUCUGGCUCUCAACGAGGUCCAGGCUGCUAAGAAGACCUGGUUCAACAGAACCUUAACCUCCAUUAAGACCGCGACGGGAGCACAGGGCAAGGAGACCACCUAACCUGAGACACUCCUCCUCGACCACAGACUGUCUCCUUCUCCCCCCUCCUGCUCCCAAACCUCCCCCGUCCCCCUCCUCCUCCUAGUCAGAGGUACCACCCACUCACUGGACUGGAGCAAACUAAACCUUGCAGUGACACGACAGGGUUUUUAAAAAGGACUAAGCUCAAAGGUACCACUGCCCCAAACAAAACAAUGUACUUAAUUAUAAAAGAAAAGAGAGGUUUCGACGUUAGUCUUUAUACUACUGAUAUUUAACAGGUAAGGAAGGCGCUCUCUAGAGAGCUACCUGAACUGUCCUUCCAAUCCAGACCUGGGAAAUGCAACACUCCAUUUUACUGUCCUCUCUAGACGACUUGCACAAGCAACAACUCCAACUGUAAUCUUAAGUACUACGAGUGCUAACCAACAGCCCCCUCCUUUUUCUCAUUUCAGUUCUACGAUACCUUUCUUUUCUAUAUAUGUAUGAUUAUGAACAUGCUUAUGUAUAGACGUAUAUCUGUGAAGACUGAGCACACCAGAGUGCAUGGAUGCAUGUGUUAGUGUGUGUGAGCAUUAAGCCGAAUGUGAGUGUGUGUGUGUGUGUGUGUGUGCAUGUUUGUAUGACUGAUGAUGUUUCUGAGUGUGUGGUCAACCUGUGAAGCUCGGAGUGGGAGUUGAGCUCGGAGUGUGAGUUGAGCUCAUUAGCUCGGAGUGUGAGUUUAGCUCGGAGUGUGAGCUGAGCUCGGAGUGUGAGUUUAGUGUAGGAAAGGUGGGUGCUGUAUAGUGGGCUGAGGUUGGAGCUAUAUGAGGAGGAAGAGGAUCUUAUUGACGAAGCCUUGAUGUGAAGGGUUGAGGUGAACAUAGAAUGUACAGCGUAACAGUAGAUAUAUUAGCAGCAGCCUGGGUUCUGUCCGGUCGGUGGUGCAGUAGCAGACAAGAGGCCACUAGUGGGCGAUGUCCUGGUGGUCCUGGCGCUGUCCUCACAAUGCGCUUGCUGGUCCGGGCCAGGCUGGGCUCAAAGCGUAGGAGCUGCAGAUACAGAGAUAUGGGUGUGGCCCUCCCUUGGCUCAGACCCCUCCCACAGAUGCAGAACAGAACCCCCCCUUUUUGGUACACUCCUCCCUCCAUGGCUAAUCACUCCUCCACUCUGAGACCAGCUGCUCCUCUGGGGUUCCUAGAUGACCCCUCAUGACCUCAUCGGUCGAGCUUAUGUUUUAUGCCGCGUUAUCUUAGCUCCACGACACGGCGGCCCCCCCCAGACCUAGUCAGUGACCCCCACUCUCCCAACAUAGACAGAAACACACACAGACGUUACAGGCACCUACCUAUGCACACUCUGACUCCACUCUCCCAAUGUAGACAUAGACAUAUACACGCGUCACAGCCAGCCACCUACACUCCUGAAAGGGAGAGCGAUGGCACAUGCGUAUCGUCUGGUCGUCAGUCACAGGCUGUGUGCUUAUGUGUGCACUCUUAUGUGGGAGAGUGAGUCAGACAGAGACAUAACUGUCAGGGCUCAUCAAAGGUCAGGGGUCAUUGGAGGUCAAGCUGGCGUUCUCUCUGAAGGAGUCUGGGGCACGUUGUGGGAUGUCAUGAAGAGAGCAGACAUGAUUCCUUAUUUUACAUGUUCUACAUAAUAUAUUUAUAUCUGAACGCUCCCUGGUAGAGGUCUGUGUCCAUAUUGGGGGAGGUCCUAUUCUCUACUGACAGUCUAUGUGUGGGUUUGGGAUGUGAGGGGCGGUCUUUGAACCUUAAUAUUCAUAUUUAUAACGUAUGGGAUCCGGCUAAGCUUGCUUAAGUCUGUGUUGAUGUCAGUGGAAGAAGUCAGGCCUGUGCAAUGUACUGAGAACAAAGAGGCUGUUCUGUAAGGCACUGGGUUGUACAUAAAAAGCAUUCUGAUGAUGAUGAGUUUUUGUUUAUUAUUUUGUAUUUCUACUCUGCUGUAACUGUACUAAAUAAUAAUGUUGCCUAAAAUAAUUAAGGACUGUGUUAGAGAUUUAAUGAUGAUCAUAAUGUAUGCUUUUUGCUCAAAGCUUCCUUCACUUUAAAUGUCAGACGAAACUGCCGUCUCAUCCAUAACAUGGCAAAAUGUACCUUCAUUCAUCCAACAUUACUGAACGUGUGGAACAUUGUACUAGUGUAGGUUGCAUUAUUGUGCAUACUUCAUUGUGUAUACUUUAAAUAUAAAGCUAUGAACACAG